UGGAAUUCCGCGGCAAAGACUAGUUUCGUUGGCGCUUGAUGUAGUGCCUUUCAUUCUCGCGCUCUUUCUCUCUGUCGCAUCUCUGGUCUCUCUCUCUCUCUCUCCGGCGAUCUUCAUCUUCUUCUUCCAUCCUCCGGUGAAAUUUCUCAAGAUUACCAAAGAAAAAACCGCAAUUUCCAAGAACACCACAGCCGUUACCACCUAAAAACAGCGAACGCUUUUUCUUGAUUUCCGAUCACACCUCACUUUCAUCGGAAACUUCCCCAACUCAAGAAGCUAGGGUUUCGAAAUUUCACAUUUUUGUCCAAGAAUUUUGAUAUAGAAGAGGGUUUUAUUUUUUUAAUUUUAUUUUGGAGUUUAGCGCGGAAUUUGAUGGUUAGAACGGCGGAGACUUCACGUAGUCUUGUUUGCUUAGGAUGACCGGUGCUGCUUCACCGUGUGAUCGGAGAGGGUUUUGGUAUUUUGGUAAACCCCUCUCAUGGAAUGGCAGAUCUUGUGAGCUAUGGUAAUGUCGAGCGAGACAUUGAACAGGCUCUAAUUGCUUUGAAGAAAGGUGCUCAACUGUUGAAAUAUGGUCGGAAAGGAAAGCCUAAGUUUUGUCCAUUUAGACUCUCCAACGAUGAGACAUCUUUAAUCUGGAUUUCAAAUGGUGGAGAAAAACGUCUCAAGUUAGCAACUGUAUCUAAGAUUGUUCCAGGACAACGAACUGCUGUUUUCCAACGUUACCUUCGCCCUGAAAAGGAUUAUUUAUCUUUUUCUCUCGUAUACUCCAACAGGAAGCGGACUCUUGAUUUGAUUUGCAAGGACAAAGUUGAGGCAGAGGUGUGGAUUGCUGGCCUAAAAGCUUUGAUAUCUGGUCAAGCUGGCCGCUCUAAAAUUGACGGCUGGAGUGAUGGAGGCCUCUCUAUUGCUGACAGCAGAGACUUGACUUUAAGCAGUCCUACCAACAGUUCAGUUUGUGCUUCUCGAGAUUUUAGCAUUGUUGAGACGCCCUCCAAUUCAAACACUUUUCCCAGGACUUCUAGAACUGAGAAUUCUGUCAGUUCUGAAAGAUCACAUGUGGCAUCAGAGAGCCCAAAUAUGUUAGUAAGAGGACCUGGAUCAGACGUUUUCCGGGUUAGUGUCUCUAGUGUUCAAAGCAGCUCAAGUCAUGGUUCUGCUCCAGAUGAUUGUGAUGCUCUAGGUGAUGUUUAUAUAUGGGGUGAAGUGCUAUGUGAUAGUGUUGUCAGAGUCGGGGCUGAUAGGAAUGCUUCUUGUGUUGGUUCAAGGUCUGAUGUUCUGAUACCAAAGCCAUUGGAAUCCAAUGUUUGUUUGGAUGUCCAUCACAUAGCAUGUGGUGUUAAGCAUGCUGCUCUAGUCUCUAGGCAAGGUGAGGUUUUUACGUGGGGUGACGCAUCGGGAGGACGUCUUGGCCAUGGAAUGGGAAAAGAUGUUAGUGGUCCUCAGCUUAUUGAGUCUCUAGCUGCUACUAGUGUUGAUUUUGUUGCCUGCGGUGAGUUCCAUACGUGCGCUGUCACAAUGACAGGAGAGAUUUACACAUGGGGUGAUGGAACACACUGUGUUGGACUUCUUGGCCAUGGUACCGAUGUAAGUCACUGGAUACCAAAGAGAAUAUCAGGUCCUCUUGAAGGUCUUCAAGUUGCGUCCGUAUCUUGUGGACCGUGGCACACUGCUUUGAUCACGUCAACUGGACAGCUUUUUACUUUUGGAGAUGGAACAUUUGGUGUUUUAGGGCAUGGUGACAAAGAAACUGUAUUUUACCCGAGAGAAGUUGAAUCUUUAUCUGGUUUGAGGACUAUUGCCGUUGCAUGUGGUGUAUGGCAUGCUGCUGCAAUAGUAGAAGUCAUUGUCACUCAGUCAAGUUCAAGCAUUUCAUCAGGAAAGCUGUUCACAUGGGGUGAUGGUGACAAGAGCCGUCUUGGUCAUGGAGAUAAAGAGUCUCGGCUUAAACCCACAUGUGUAUCAGCUCUAAUUGACCAUUCUUUUCACAGAGUUGCAUGUGGACAUAGUUUAACAGUCGGCUUGACCACAUCGGGGAAAAUUUACACGAUGGGUAGUACUGUUUAUGGUCAACUAGGGAAUCCCAAUGCUGAUGGGAAGCUUCCUUGCUUAGUAGAGGAUACNUCUCUCUCUCUCUCUCCGGCGAUCUUCAUCUUCUUCUUCCAUCCUCCGGUGAAAUUUCUCAAGAUUACCAAAGAAAAAACCGCAAUUUCCAAGAACACCACAGCCGUUACCACCUAA